AUUUUCACUCCUAGUCGUAGUAUUAUCAAUUAAAACUAUCGUGAAAAUAUUAACUUGAUAUUACUUUCAUUCCCGAAGCCUGUAUAAAGCAGAUAUAAUGUCUUCAGAGGUGAUCCAAAAGAUCCUGUCAAGGCAGACUCAAAAUUGCGUUCACGAAAUUGAACUACAAUUGAACUCCCGAGCUUUGAAACAUCUGGACUCUCACGGUAGUACAUUUUGUACAACAAUCACAGCAGCCCCAAUCCCAGUAAAUCUAACGGAUUAUGAGAGCGGGGAACGAUUACAGCCGGAACUUAAUCUUGUUCUAGAUAAACUUUCCAAGGACACAGAUACUAUUUUAGAGUAUCUUUCUCCUGUCGCCAAGCAUGACCCGCUCGCAAAAGGAUUGCUUGGAAUUUACAAAGAUUUACCAAAAUCCCACAAAGACAAGAUCAUACUAUUACUCAACAGACACGAUUUUAUGUACGCAACUCAAGAUCCUACUUCAGAAGAAGCGUAUCUUAACGGACAAUUCAAGUUGGUUGAAUUUAACUUAAUAGCGUGUGGUCUUGGUCAUUUAAGCGAAGGAGUUUAUCACUACCACAGGAGUUUGUUGAACAAAUUCAACGUUGACACAUCCCAUUUCAACUACAAAAUCAACAAUAUCAAAGGUUACAGUGAAGGUCUACGAACUGGUUACGAACUGUACAACACUAGGUACAAGUGUGGGAGGAAAUGUAUAGUUGCAAUGGUGGACGAUAAGGGACCGCAAUUUCAGUACUACGACCAACAAGCGCUACUGAAUUGUCUGGAGACGUCAGGAGUUCCAACUGUCAGGUACACUGCAGGGUACCUGAACAUCCCCUCAUUCCAGGCGCUACUGAAUUGUCUGGAGACGUCAGGAGUUCCAACUGUCAGGUACACGUCAGGUACACUUCAGGGUACCUGGUGGAUAACGGCAGCGUACAGGAUGGCCGCUACUUUGUGGAUGAUAGGGAGGUAGCUGUUCUCUACUUUAGGACCAUGUACGAUCCUGCUCAUUACAAGUCUCCAGAUUUCUGGAGAGCGAGGCGGGACAUGGAGUUCAGUGCUGCUGUUAAUGUACCAUGUGUCAGACAUCAGAUAGUGAAUAUGAAGCUGUUCCAGAUGCUUCUGUCUCAAAGGAAUAUUCUAGAAAAAUACACAUCAUCUCCAGAGGCUACGGACGAUAUUCUUAGUUUGUUUUGUGAGACUUUAGCUCUGAACUUGAACGAGGAGGGUGAUAAAAAUGCACAAUUAGGCAUUGAAAAUCCGAACAAGUACGUACUGAAGCCCCAACGAGAAGGAGGAGGAAACAAUCUGUGGGACCAGGAAAUGAAGGAGAAGUUCCUCUCCCUGUCAGGAGACCCGGCCAGAGUUCAGUUUAUUCUGAUGAGGAGGAUAACUCCCCCGUGCUGAACACCAAGUUCGUGAAACAGGGAGUCAUGUCAGAGGAGCUGGGUACCGUAUCUGAGUUUGGGUACUGCUCAGUGUACUGUACUGCGGAUAGUUCUGGAGACGUGAUAAAGAGUGGGGUUGUAGGGCUGGCUAUCAAGACGAAGGUGGUCUUUGUGUGGGAAUUUCAGCCAUGGACUCUCCGUAUUUUGUAGAGAGCUCCUUAUCAUAGAUUUAUUAUUUAUUCUAACGAAAGUCAACUGUUGUAGUUAUACAACUGUAUGGAAGUUAUUAAACUGUAAGGCCUAUUCUCAGGUUUUUCGGCAUUUUUACAUAUAUUUAGAAUCACAAUAUGAUCCCAUGACAAUUUUGAAAGU